AGAUGGUUUAACACCCGAGGAAAAAAAGAUAAAAAUCUACAACAAAAGAAGAAGAAGAGGACUGAACCAUGGCUGGAAUACUUUGGGUAUGGCUGAUGUGCAGCGGGCCUGAUCUCAAGGCGUAAUCCCCGACUGAAGGGGCCAAGAUGGCAGCUGCAGCCGACGACCCACACCUGGGUCCGGGCCCAUCGAGUGACGAAGAGAUCCUCCUGGACGACUCCGACUCAGGCAGCAUACUCUCUGACGACUCGGUGCUUCCCGACUACGACCGAGAUACGGUCUACAGGGAGCCGCCGAAAACGCUGUACGAGGCCUGCGCCAGGAACGACCCCUUAUCCCUGAGCAGCAUCCUGGAGAGAGGGGUCACCAAGGAGGAGGCCAUGGAGCUGGACAUCAAUGGCAGGAAUGGACUGAUGCUGGCUGUGUCCAAGGGUUUUGUAGACAUUGUCACCCUCCUGCACAAAUGUCCAUUCAUAGACAUCAACCACCAAGACAAUGAUGGCAACACUGCUCUCAUGAUAGCUGCACAGGCCGGAUUCAUCACCAUCCUCAACUACAUCCUGAACUACUAUCCUGGUGUGGAGACUGAGCUCAGGGACCCCCGUGGCUUCACGGCCCUCAUCAAGGCAGGCCUGCAGGGGCGAGAGGACUGUGUGACCGCCCUGCUGAUGCACGGUGCAGACAUGCAUGCUGUGGACCUGGUCCAAGGCAGAGGGCUUAAGGACUGGAUCCUUCGGACAGGACGGUUUGAGACACUGAACAGGAUACGGCGCCUGCAGGCUCACCCUGUUGCCGGGCAGUUCUGUGAAAGCUACAAACCCGAGUGGCCUGAACUGAAACAGCUGGUGGAAAAGGCCACUGCCCCAAAGUCAACCAGUCAGAAGUUGAGACAGCGCUUCAAAGAAAGCCUUUCCUUCAGCUUCCCUCAUGACCCCGAAGAGAACGGGGUUAUGGAUCAUAUGGUUCGGAUAACUACGAGCAUUCACAGCCCGCUGGUAGUUACCGGUUCCCGGCCGCUUUGCCCCACUAGUCCCCCUGAGAUCGGCAAGAGACGGUACGCCGUACCAGAACUGCUUGAAAAGCACAGCAGCAAGGAGCUGGAGGAGAGCACUGUGUCCCACAGCAACGGAUCCAUCACCUCAGCGUCUCCAACAGCUUUGUCCGCCACCUCUGUCUCUCUGACAUCCUGCUGCCAGGAGGCAGAGCGCAGGGAGAGCGUGCCAUCAGGCGGCAUGAGAAGUUUCAUCCCUCGCAGCAUGGCACACAGGAACAGCAUAUUCCCCUCGGGCUGCAUUCCUAAGAUCGAAGUGACAAAGUCUGGGGAGCCCACACCAAAAAAGGAGAAAAAGAAGAAGAGGCAGAAGGGCUACCUGGAGCCGCCCAUCUGGAAGUACAAGGAGGCCAAGGAGGAGAAAAAGAGAGAGAAGAAAAGACUAGAGCAGGAGAAAGAAGACGAGAAACAAUCCAAGGGGUCCAAAAAAUCCUCCAGCAAACGCUGAGUCAGCCAGAUAAAAUUUCACUGUGAUAUGGCCACGCACAAAAUAAAUAAAACAGUGAGAUAACGGUGACUCUGAUUUCUGUAACAUGAGAGAAAGUCGGUGCUAAACAACUUUGGGAGCGAGCAUCUGACAAAUACCAUGAAUGGAUUUGAACUUUGGCUCCAACAGAAACUGUGAUCCACUUGAAGGUCAGGAUAUUUCUAAACAAUUUUUGACAUCUUGGACACAAAAUUAUGUUAUUCCUAAUGACAUUUGGAUUUAAACAUCAUUAGACUUUCUACAUCUCAAGCCUGGUGAAUCGGAGUCUUUUGCUUUUGCACUGCUGUGUGUGUGCUUGAGCUGCAGUUUUAAAGACGCUUCUUUUUUCUUGGGGAUCUUACCAAUGUAUGCUUGGUGAAAAGCUUUAUGGUAACUGAAUACAAAAUAAAGAGCCAAUAGCCUGUACUGUGAAUGAGACAUCUAUGAUCAAAUGCCUUCUGAAAAAUUUCAUCAGCAUCAUCGUUAAAUUAAAAUAAGUUGUUAUAUCCAAAGGACCUAAAAGAGACAAAACAAGGUGCCAACAACAGUUGUGUGACUACAGAGGAACAAAAGGAAGAUGACGCCUUGCUCUGAUGAAUCACCUCUUAAUUUCCAUCAUGUGGAUGGCUUACGUAAGGAACUUAUGUGUGGUGGUUUGGGGAAUGUUCUGGUGUUCCCCACCAACCAUUCAUCCAUCCACUUAACAACUGUCACAGACCGUGUACAGAAAAGCACAACAAGAUGAGGUGUUGACUUCAAAUUGUCCAUGGAGCCCGCGCCUCACAACGUGUACUGUCUACUAAUAACAAUGUGGUACCACAACACACCUUCAGGGGUCCAUGCCCCAGUGAGCUAUAUUAGGACCAACACACACAUUAAGCUGGCGUUCAUAUUGUUAUUCCUGACUGAUGUUUGUUUCCUAAUUGCCCACCCGGUUCCCACCUCUCCUGAAAACAUGUAGCAUCUACCAAAUGUCUUUAUGGCUUUUUCACGUUUCCGACACGCCAAAACAUUUUUGAACCUCAUUACAUUACAGACAUUUACAACUGAAAGUGCUAAGUCAGCACGCUUGUCUUGUGGUGAAUGAAGGACUUAUGGUACAUUUGCAAGUCGUCGGUCUGCAACAAGGUUUUGUGUUUUGUUAGACAAAGUCAACAGAACAUUCUUUGCUUCUUGAUAAAAGAAGAACCCAUGGAGCCUCUGAGAGGAACUGCCUGCACCAAAUGUUACUCAGGGUUAUUAAAUGAUGGACUUUUCACAAUCGGAUUGUUUUUGGAAACUAGGAAAAAAGUGUUAAUAUUAUAUUUUUGUAUUCAGUUUGCUGACUAAAGUAACACAGUUAUUAAUGCAAAUUAAUCCAAAAACAUAUCCAGUUGUAACAGGUUAUAUCUGUAUACGACAUCAAUCUAAUUAGGCAAUCUCUUCUUUGAUAGAGAGUUUGAAGACUCCUUUAAAAACAAAAUACUUUGAGCACUCAGGUUUUUUGUGGCAUAUUAAAGGUGUGGAAUCAAUGUCGAGUGUUUGUAAUGCAAGCUUGUAAUACAUUUUCUUGACCUUUGCAA